CCUAUGUGACAUUUCGUGGGAUUUUACUAAAUUUCCUCCGAGCUUUUUCCCUUUAACUUUAAGUAGGAAGAUGAGAGGUAAAAACCUGUAUUAUUUUAAGGUCGUAAAUAUGAAGAUAUUGUAAAAGGGAUCGUGUAAAUCUAUUGUUAUUUAUAUUUCCCAUAAGUUAAAAGGAGAAUACAAGUGCAAGUUGGAAGCAAAUGUAAUACGAAAGUACAACUGAUAACGUGUUAGCUCUGCAGGUGCGAAACGAGAGAGUUACUCAAUCACAUGGGAGUCGAGCAAAUCUAUUUAUUAACUGUUGGGGACAGUCAACACAAAUAAAGACAGUUCAACUAAACCUUCUCCUUGGUAAUUCAUGAAUCGAGGCCCCUAUUUUUAUUCUUUAUUUAUCUGUUUUACUUCCAGCGUGUAUGAAUUACUCUAGUUUAUCCUGGUGGUUCGGUGUUUGGGUGUGAAAGUUCGGCUCUCGCGUACAAUGGCAGACGGCCUGAGCAGCUUGUUGGCCCGCAUCCGCUGCUUGAAUACAUGUAUCCAAUGUCUCAGACAAACCCGUCCCUUGCCCGACAGCCUGUGUUAUGUUCCCAGCCAGCUGGAGUACAGGUGUGUACGGUCAAGAAUCGUUGACAAUGACAAGAGUCCAUUCUGUUCGGUGGACAUUUAUACCAAACCAGACCUCAAUAGUGACAAACUUCCUUUCUCGGAAGAACUUCUUCUUUCUCGUGUUGUCGCCUCUGGUCUCGAGUUUUGCAACUCUCAAGGAAGGUGGAUUAAAGUUUUAAAGGUCCAACAAUAUGGUAAUAAAACAUUGUUAGACUUGCCCAGUGAAGGAUGGAUAUUGUUAUGUGGUAGAAACUGUAUGAGUGAAGACUCAUUGGUGAUGGAAUUAAUUCAGCCGGAACCAAACAGUUUUGCCAAUUUUGCCAUUGCAGCUAAAUUAUCAAGUUGGCAGGAAGUGGUGGAACAUGACUUUAGUGUCCGUCUCAAGAAGUUUGAGUCUGUUCCCCCUGAUGAAGAAAUGGUACAGAAUCUGUCCAGGGUAUUACCAAACUGGACUCUGGAAAAUGAUGAAGCUCUCGUUCAGCUGAUGGCAAAUUCUAUGAACAUAAACAGCCAGUUCUUGGGCAACCUCCGUCACUAUGUCGACUCCGUGGAUGUAUCUUCGUCCUGUGUAUCGGAUGAUGGUGGGCCGCUCAAUCUCACUGACGACGACCCAGAUACUUACUGGGAGAGUGAGGGCAGUCAGAACCAACACUGGAUCAAGUUACACAUGAAGAAAGGAACUGUGAUUAAAGAAUUAUCAUUAACCCUGUCUGGUGCUGACAACAUCUACCUCCCAUCAAAAGUGAUAGUGUGUGGAGGGGAUGAAUUUAAUAUGAAAGAUUUAAAUGUAGUUACUUUAGAAAGACCCGUCAACAAUAUAAAGGACAUCUGUAUUUUGGAAGGAAUGAGGCAGCACUACCCAAUUAUUAUGAUUAAACUAAAACAAGUUGAUGGCUUAGAUGUACGGGUGAGAGGCCUUAAGAUCCAGUCUUCUAAAGAACGCACUCUUGGAUUCGAUCGAGAUUUCUUCUGCGAGAGGAAGCUUUUCCGUUAUCCUCGUCUUGAGGCUUAUACCCCCGAUGAGUUGUACUACAGAUCUAUAGCUUUGCAAAGGUUCAUAUCCUUAUUAGACAGUGUGCUAUCUUACAUUGUACCUAAGUGGAGUCAUCAAUACAAGUCGACACUGGAUCUGGAGUCGAUAAGGCAAUUAUUACCGUUAUCACAGAUGAGACCCUUAAUGGUUGAAACAUUCCUCAGGGAAACAGUUAAAGAAAGACCUCUAGAUGUUCGGAUAUUGUUCAUAAACAGACGAGCUGCCACUGAACAUCGUGCUGACCCACAGAAAGAUUCUACCUGUAAGAACACAGUGUUUAUGCAGGUAUUCGAAGGUUUAAAACCCAAAGAGAAGAAAGCAAAACAUUUGAAUUACCGUUGGCCCAACAAAUACGACCAGUGGUGGGAGUGUAAAUUCUUGAUGGAAGGGAUCAUUGAUCAAGGAGGAGGUUUCCGUGAUAGUCUAUCAGACAUUUCUGAAGAACUGUGUCCAAGCUGUUUGGAUACUUCAGUACCUCUGCCUUGCUUUAUUCGCUCCCCAAAUCAGGUACAUGAAGACUCGAAUGUCAACCGUGACGCAUACAUACCCAACCCUUCCUGUACAUGGUUCGCUGAAUAUGAAUGGAUUGGUCAGCUGAUGGGAGCUUGUUUCCGCAGUAAAGAAAAUUUAGUGCUGUCUUUAGCCCCGUUUGUAUGGAAACAGCUGUCGGGUGAAAAUCUCAGUUGGGCCCAAGACUUUGCUACAGUUGAUGCUGCUGAGGUGAAGCUGCUGGAGACCUUAGUCAAUUUAGAUGAACAUAAAUUUCUGCCUGAGAACCGGUUAUGGAGUACAACGUUGAGUGAUGGCACUGAAGUCCACUUACGUCUGGAUGAAGAUGGUAACCCACGGCGACUUAAAUAUGAUGAAAGAAGAGACUACUGUGCUGAGGUGAAGAAGAUUCGGAUGUCUGAAAGCUCAAAACAGAUCGCUGCCAUUCGUAAAGGAUUGUUACAAGUAAUUCCAGAAGAUGUUCUUCGACUCACUACAUGGCAGGAACUUGAGAAACGGGUAUGUGGCGAGGCUGAGAUUACUGUGGAGGCUUUACAGAAAAGCGUCCAUCUUGUAGACCUGGAGCCUAAUGACUUACAAGUGAAGCACUUCUGGGAAGCUGUGAAGAAUUUUUCCAAUGAAGACCGAAGUCGACUACUGCGUUUUGUUACUGGAAGACGGCGCCUCCCUGCUCCCAUUUACCUUUCUUCUGCUAAACCUGAAGUGGACAACGUCCUUCCUGAGUCAUCAACCUGUGGUAACAUGUUAUUUAUGCCCAGAUAUUCAAGUGCCAAGAUUGCCGAAGAGAAGCUUCAGUAUGCUGCCUAUAACUGUAUUGCUAUCGACACAGAUGUCAGUCCUUGGGAAGAUUAACUCAUUUUGCUCCACACCACAGCCACCGCCUCCCUUUCUUUCCAGUGUGCGUGUGUGUGUGUGUUGGUGGAGUUGAGGCUUGCUUGCCUCCACAUCACCACCUUCAUGCACUGUUCACCCCCAUUUUCACAGUUGCUCACUCAGAUAA